CUUCUCCACUUCCUCCUCUUCUUCCUCCCUUUUCCCCUCCCCUCCCCUCCCCUUUUCCCCUCCUCCCCAUCCUCGCCCUUUUCCUCCCUCCCCCGCUUCCUGUCUCACUCAUUUUCCUUCCCCAAUGCCUCCUCUUCUUCCUCCCGAUCAUCAUUCUCUCUCUCGACCAGCUCCACUUGCUACUCGUCUUCUGCUGCUGCUUCUCUUUUUUGCGUCCUUCCGCCUCCAUUCCUGUGGCGCAGUUGUCUCCUGGUCCUCUUCACAAUUUUAUUAGUUAGGAUCUCGAGUGCCAUCCUUCCUUAUUACUCAGCUGAUAUAUUUUCAGACACGGACGACCAGACCACCCAGCUCCACGGUAUCCCCCUACUGGCCUCGCAGUGUAGUCUGCUGAGCCUCUUCAGUGGCCUUAACAUUGCCCGUGUGCUCAAGGAGCUGAUCCAGAAUCCGCCCUUGAACAUGGCGACCGUCUUCUCUCGACAUCCGAAUGACAACGCCGGCAACAAUGUCGUCGCUCCACCUGCAUCCGAGGUCUGCCUCUCUCGCUCUUUUACUUCAUUUUCUUCCUCUCUUUUCUGA